ACCUAUUCUGAACAUCACCGCGGUAGUACGUGUACACAGUGUCACCGGGGGCCGCGACCGCGCGUGUGAAUUGGUCAGAGGUGGCCGGGUCGGGAGCCAAUGACAGCGCGCCGAAUGUUCGCGUCACCGUAGCAACGGAACUAUGUUGGCGGGGAGCGCACCGUACGCACGCCGCACACCGAUCCCCGGUCGGGUCUACUAACCUAACCCGGUGGCCCGCGGGUCAGUUCACUCCGGUCUGGGAUCGCGGCCGCCAGGUCUCCGAAAGGUCAAAACUCGAAACGAUCGUCGUCACCGCCGACGUUUAACCGAACGAUAAAAGUUUGCGUAUUAAUGUGUAAAUACAAUAAUUUAAUAUAAUUAAUAAUUUUUGAUUUAUUACAAGUGAAAUAUUAAAUUAAAAACAUUUUGUUUGCGUAUGCCGUGAAAAUUACUAGUAAAAAAUAUACGGUCUUCUCGUGCGUUUUUGUCGUAAAAAACCAAAUCACAUCGUCGUCGGGACAGCCCGGCAGUUUCAGCGGAAGCUCAGGUCCAUACCGGCAGGCAACAUUAUUAUUCCGCAUAACGGCCUCGCGGUGUGUCGCGCGGCGGUAGGCGGACUAUGCACUGUGUCCGGCGGUGGACCCGGCAUGACCGGUGGCGGACCGAUUGGCGGUUCGGCCGCACCACCGUCGCUACAACUACCACACGGUGUUCCACCGGAUCCCCUUGGUGGUGGACACCACCACGACCUCGGCGGAUUCACCCGUAGUAUGGCCCUAGUGACACCCGCGUGGCGAGACCCGCCAAUGGGUGGCGGUGGACACCACUUAGAAGAACCGCAGCAGAGUACCACACCGGGUACGACCAGCUCGCAAUCGGGUGGAACGAUGGUCGCACUCGGUGGACAGUGCGACAAAAACGGACAAAAUAUCGAAUGUGUCGUUUGCGGUGAUAAAAGUAGCGGAAAACACUACGGACAAUUUACUUGUGAAGGUUGCAAGAGCUUUUUUAAAAGGAGCGUCCGCCGGAACCUAACGUACUCUUGUCGGGGUAGCCGGAACUGUCCUAUCGAUCAACAUCACCGGAACCAAUGUCAGUACUGUCGGCUAAAAAAGUGUCUGAAAAUGGGCAUGCGCAGAGAAGCCGUACAAAGAGGUCGAGUUCCGGCCAAUCAACCACCCAGUUUGACGGGUUUACCCGGUCAAUUAUGCCUUACCAACGGUGAUGCUGCUGCAGCCGCGGCCGUUGCAGUAGGCGCAGUGGGCCUGAACGGACACUCUUAUCUCUCGUCAUAUAUUUCAUUGCUUUUGCGGGCCGAACCUUAUCCAACAUCCAGGUACGGUCAAUGUAUGCAAUCCAACAACAUCAUGGGCAUUGACAACAUAUGUGAACUGGCUGCCAGGUUACUGUUUAGCGCCGUUGAAUGGGCUAGAAAUAUACCGUUCUUCCCUGACCUCCAGGUAACUGAUCAAGUAGCCUUACUGAGGCUUGUUUGGAGCGAACUGUUCGUAUUAAACGCAUCACAAUGUUCGAUGCCACUUCAUGUAGCUCCUUUGUUGGCAGCUGCCGGACUACAUGCCUCUCCUAUGGCUGCAGAUCGAGUGGUCGCCUUUAUGGACCAUAUACGUAUAUUCCAAGAACAAGUAGAAAAACUCAAAGCCCUGCACGUGGAUGCUGCUGAAUAUAGUUGUUUGAAAGCCAUCGUCUUGUUCACUACCGAUGCCUGUGGUUUAUCAGACGUCGCACACAUUGAGUCGUUACAGGAAAAAUCGCAGUGUGCCCUGGAAGAAUACUGUCGCACCCAAUAUCCCAAUCAGCCAAUUAGGUUUGGAAAAUUGCUACUAAGACUACCUUCGUUACGCACAGUCAGUUCACAAGUUAUCGAACAAUUGUUCUUCGUCCGAUUAGUAGGAAAAACGCCCAUUGAGACGCUCAUCCGAGACAUGUUGCUGAGUGGCAGUAGUUUCAGUUGGCCAUACAUCAACUCCAUGUGACACUCCGUUUGGAGGCAGAUGACAGGGACGCCUGCCUCGUUAUGAACAUAUGACAUCAACGCAAAUACUUAGAAUAGUUCAAAGGCUCUUGAGUUUAUAAUAAGCACGCAACUGAAUACGGAAGAUAGGGGAGAGACGUUGGUCAACCUAAAAUAAUUUAAAAAAUCAUGUUGUAUAAAAGAUAUUUUAAAGUAAAAAUAUGCAUAUAUUGUUAUAAGAAACGUCGAGACAGUGUAUUUGGUUUUCUUUCUGUGAUUAAUGAUAAUUAUUAAUUUCUUUCCAUAUCUAUCCCAAAUAUUAGAUAGUAAGUGGUUUACACAGUUGUUGGACUGGGAAUGAUGCAAUUCAAAUAUAUAUAUGUAUGUAUGUGUGUGUGUGUGUGUGUAAAUUAAAACAAGUAACCCAUAGAUACUGAGCAGAUAUUUGAUAUUUUUUAACUUAGAAGUUAAAAGAUAACAAUCAUGGCCUUCUUAUAAAGUUCUUAACUUACUCAUUAUCUUGGGUGUUCAUGUCUUUAAACUAAUCAAUAGUGUAUUUCAUGAAUUUUACUUAUACACUAUAUUAGUAGGCUAUCUUGAAACCAAAUAAUUAAAUUUUUUAAACAAAAUACAAACUUGAGUCAUAAUUUAUAAGUUUUUAUCAAAUUUUCUCCUUUUAUUUUCGCGAUUCUUUAUUGUGAAGCAUUAUAAUAUUAUUUUAAACUUGAUAUAAUUUAAAGUAUGAUAUCUUAUACUAUGAUUUUUUCUAUCAGGGGAUUUUUGUUGUUUUAUUUUUAUUAUUAUUAUUAUUUUUUUUUUUUUGUUAUAUGUUAUUAUAAUACUUUGUUCAUUUUUAUCCUAAUACUUAUAUUUUCCUUAUUAAAACAAAAAAAUACUUGAAUGUAAUAUAUAUAUACAAUAUAUAUCCAAAACUUGAUAGUACUGAAUAUAGUUAUUUUGUAGGGUCUCCGCACCAAGUUAAGUCAAUCAUUAUUUUAAAGUCUAUUUUUGUAUAAUUUUUUUAAUGCAGUUUUGUUAUGUUACCGUAAAUAAUAGGCCUAUUUUGAUUUUAAAAUGUAAUAAAUUGUAAAAAUUAUUAUGUAUAAAUUAUUUUUUGGGGUACUGCGUUUGUUCUUAAUAUUGUUACUACGUACACACUAUUUAUUAAUCGUAUUUAGAACUAUAAAUAUAUUUUUUCCUUUUUUAUUAUUUUGUUUAAAAUCAUGAAUAAUGAACAUAAAUAUUUUCUCUAAAUUAAAUGUAUUGUAUGUUAAAUAUUAAUAUGCUCAAGUAACUUGAAAAAAUUGUACAACAAAAAUUAAAUUAUUGAUAUUUAUUCUCUCCGCUACCUUCAACAUCAUAUUACAUCAAUAUAACAAUAACAUCAUAUUGGAUAUUUAAUCCAAAAUACUUUUUUAAAAAUAAUCAGUUUUUAUUAAUUAAUGUAAAUACUGUAAAUAAAAAAAGUUUGUUUUGUUUUCAAUUACUUAAAAUGUAUAUGAAACCAUAUGAUUUUAUAUCAUACUUAAAUAUUCCCAUGUACAUCAAGCCAAUAUAAUGUUGUACUGUGACUUAUAAUUAGGUAAAUAAAAAGUUUAUCUUAUUAAGGAUUAAUUGGAAAUUCUUUCUGAUAAAAGUAAUUAGCCUUUGUAAACUUUUUUCAAUAUUUAUAUAUAUAUAUCUUUAACUUAUAAUAGUAGUAAUACUGUUAUACCCACUCUUCCAUUUUAUAACACAUCUUACAUAAUGGUAAAUUAUUGUUUUGUGUAAUAUUCAAUUAUUUACCUACUUUAAAACAGUACUAAUUUAAAGCGUUUUCUCACUAGCAUAUUUAUAAUAAUAUUGU